GAUAACUUGCAUACAGUAGUUAUCAGUUCAUUGAUUGGUGUGCAGACAGCUCUCCUCUGCAAUAACUAUCAGCGUGAGAGAGGGUUCAGCACCGAAAUUCUUCUUUUUAGCUUAAGAAAAAAAAUCCACAGAAAACGGAUUGUUAUGAUGUCUGGGGGGACUAUAGCAUCCACCUUCCAGUACCUAACGCUGUGUUUAUUGGCCCUUCUCAGCACUUGCACAAUCACCAAUGCUACGCCCACCACAAACCAAAAAAUAGAGAUACAGACUAUAAACUACAAUUGGGUCGACGAGGAAAAGGCAGAAGUGACGGUGUGUCUCGAGAGCGAGGCGGACGGGACCCCCUUCGGGCAGCUCGACCUCCUCGUCACCAACGAUCUCGGGAGGGCGUGGCGGGCCCGAGGAGGAGGAGGAGGAGGAGGAGGAGGGGCGUCGCGGAAAACGGAGGAGGCUUUUUGCUUCGCCGGGUUGAGUCUCGAGAAGAAGGACUUGGCGAAGACGUUGAGAUUCAGGGUCUUGGAGACCGGCAGGGAUGACCCGGUUCAGGAGCUGGAGACGUUCGUCGUAGUCCCAGAGGUAACUCCCAUGGGCGAAGGCAGGUACGAGCUCUGCUGGUAUGACCCCGAAGGACUCGCCUUUGCCCUGGUCGAAGGAGACGUCGCUUGGCCGCACAUCUCUCCUCUGCCCGGAUGCCACGACUGCUGCGUCCACCUCACAUCCGGGAGUCCAGGCGAUCUCGUGACCCUGAAAACAGCUGGUACCAAAGAUUCCGUCAGACAGCUGGUGCAAUUCCGCCUGCCUGAAAAUCAAAUGAAGCCGCGUGCAGUGCCAGUUACUCUCACCAUCAAGGAGCUCCACAAGGUGUCCAGGGAAGACGACCCGAGCGGAAGACGACAAAACAUGAGGGUUUUCUUGGAUCCUCACGAAGCCAAAGAUGCAGACGACUUUCAGCUUUCUUUAACUCUGGCAUCAGGCGCGGGACAGGAAACUCAUCUCCUUUAUGAAAUCAUCGAUGAAGAUGCCACAGAGAUUGAGUUCGCAGGGAAUUUCAAAGAUUCGAUCGUUGUCAUUAUAAAUGCUAUGAAAGACGGGGAUAAUGUGGGAUUUGGCUCCGUGGCGCAGAAUUUGACAGACCCGGGUUCCAGGGUGGCGAAGGUUGGGGACGCCAGCGCCCCGUCCCUGAGGGUGGACCCAGGGGCGCGAGGCCAGGUGGAAGUCCCUGGGAAGCCUCCCUGCGAGGGAGGCUCUGGCCCUUGCUACUACGUCGGCCAGGACGUCUCCUUAGACCCCCUCUGCGAGGACUUUCCCAAGAUCAGAUUCUGCGACGCCGUUGUGUCGGAAGUGCAGAACCCGGACGAGGUCCCCCUGGAGCUCCGCAACCGGCAGGAGCUGCGAGUGCAGCAGCCCCGGCCCGACGGAGCGUGGACUGAGGUCGUGGUCUCCAGCGCGCAGGACGACUCCAUCCUGCCUCCCGACGGCUUCGGCUGCGACGACCUGGACGACGGGACGUGCGCGCACCCUGUGGCCGUCGCCGACGAUCUGGACGGCUUCGACGUGACGCUCGUCGUGCUGGACGACGAAGGCUACGUCACGGCGUCGCUCGCCGUGCCCUUCGAAGUACACAAAGUGAGUGCAGUCGCCCUCUCGCCCUCCCUGUUGAAAGUGGCCGUUGACCCUCGCUCGGGGGGCACGUACGAGGUCAUGCUGCCCGAUGAGUUGGCAUCUCCGGCCUCUCAGGAUUGCAUAGCUGGGUCGCCAUGUCGCGUCUGGUUCUCUGGAGUGGACGCGGUGGACGGCACUCAACCCGUGAGCGUCAAAAAGGGCUCCAAUACCAUAUAUGAGGAUAUAACCACAGAAACGCCUCCUACAGCGUCACAAGUGCAGACCAUCACCUCCAUGGACGCCGAAGAACAGACACGAGUCGAAGUCCUGAGCGCAAGAAGCGUCCAGAAGGUCGAACUCGUGACCUUCGAGUCCAAUGUCGCCACCGAGGAUAACUGCGAAGACCUCAAAACGUUCGUCGAGAAGUCAGUGUAUUAUUUCGACGCAUCUGCAAGAGGACCUGGAAGCUGGAGCUUUGUCCUUGCCGGGUACUGUGAAGACGCGUCCUUCUGCGAUGUGGGCAAAGCCAACGUGAACCUCUUGGAAAUGGACUCGCGGGUGGGCGUGGUGGGCGCCGCCCUAGGCUCCCCCGACGCCUCCGUCAGGGUCGACGUCGGGAGCCAAGAGAGCGUUGAUGUCGAGGGCUUCGGGUCGUGUGCAAAGGCGGUCAGUCCCUGCUACUUCCUGACGGAGGCGCUGACGGAGGGCGUUCUCAGGCACUGCAUUACAAUCCCCAACGCAGGAGGCGAGGACGAGACCGUCAAUCAGUGUGAUACGUCUCACACGCCGUUUAAGGCGAUGACCGAAACACCGAGGCUGGAGUUAUCUGACGGUAAUCUGCUGAAAGUAUUCCUAUCAACACCACCUACGGAGAUCCUGGAAGUGCUCGUUUUCAACCCGGAGACUGAUGACCUUCUGAGUGUAUCAAGCCCAGAGUGUAUUUCCGAACCAGAUGGAUCCUGCAAUCAAGAGGUAAACAUCCCACAGGAUUUGCAGGAUUUCGAGGUCCUUGUGGUGGCCUUAGAUGAGGAUGGGGGAGUGAAGGAGUCGGUCCUUUCACCAUUUCAUGAUAUAAAGGUUUCCACAAGACAGCUGACCAGUGACAUGUUGGAGGUUUCGUGGACGACGAACCAAGCCGAAGAUUACACUGUGUCCCUUCUCUCGUCUGCUGACCCUUCUUCUUCCUCUUCUUCCUCUUCUCAUUCUCCCUCUCCAUCUCACUCUCCUUCUCCCUCUCCCAUUGCAUCUACCUCACCCUCUUCCACAUCCUCUCCCUCUCCCUCUCCACCUUCUACAACCCCCUCUCCUUCCCCCUCUUCUACCUCCCCUCCUCUUGCUCCUCCUUCUCUCUCUUCCAUGUCAUCAGUCACAGAGGUUAAAAGAUCAUGUACAGGCGGCCGUUGCUGGGUCCAUUUCAACAACCUGGAGGAAGGGAGAACAUACACAGUUAAAGUACAGAGAGUUGGUGAUGAGAAAGUCUCCGUUGGGGCAACCACAGACAUGAAUACGCCAGCUGAUAGCCUCCCCCCGAAGGUGCGCCGUCACCUCCGUCACCCUGCCCUCCAGCAGCGCCACCAGAUCAAGGCGUCGACCUCAGCGCCUUCGCACUCCGAGGCCACCUCAGCACACUUUUCUCCAGCUGGAAGGCGAGGCCAAGGAACUCGGCUGGGAGGCUGUGCCGGUGCAGGGGAGUCCUUCUGGCACCUUCGAAGUGACUCACGAAGGGCAGAACCUUCCCGUUGGACGGAAGGCUCACGUCGUGUUUCACAGGCCGAAGAGGGGUCGAAUUCCUUUUGGACGUUGGGGAGGGGUCGUAACGGCUUGCAAGAGUGA